GCAAUUGAAAACAAAAAAAAAACGAAUUGGUCGAACUCGGAAACAAAUGGGCAAGUCAGGAAUUUGCGCCAAGAUUUUUCACUGAUCCGUAAUUGCUCCCCCUUCGCGCCUUCUGUCGCUGCCAUGGUAGCUCAGGUGGAAAGUCAAGCCGCCGCAGGCGGAGGCGGCCCUGCAUCUAUUUCAAUUGCUUCCCCAGCCGCCGCCGCCUGUCAGGACCAUGUAGAGAACACUAAGACUUUGAUUUGCGCCCUCAAUUUACUAUCUCGCAAUCUCCCCCUUCCUCAAGACGUUUUAGAUGCAGUCUCCUCCAUCUUUCUCGCCGGGGAGGAUGAGCCCGGUGAAGAUUGCGCUGUCCAGGGUGAUAGCGGCAUUGAGAAAGCGCCCAGCCCAAUUGGUUAUGGCAUGGCAACUUAUGGAGAACUGAUGGCAGAUUUUGAGGAUUCACUACUGAAAGAAAAAUUUAGCUGUACAUCAGGUUCUGCAUUGCAAAGAUCAAAGGAAUUUCGUUAUGAAAGCCACAUACGUAGUCGUUUGAGUGAACUAGAAGAUUUGCCAACAAGUAGAGGUGAGGACCUUCAGUCAAAGUGCUUGCUUGAACUCUAUGGAUUGAAGCUAGCAGAGUUGCAGCGCAAAGUUCGUUCUGAAGUGAGUUUAGAGUACUGGCUUCGAGUGCAUUGCUCAAAUCCCGAUGAGCAGCUAUUUGACUGGGGCAGGAUGCGAUUGCACCGUCCUAUAUAUGGAAUUGGAGAUGCUUUUGCUGUCGAAUCUGAUGAUCCUUUGAAGAAGAAACGUGAUGCUGAGAGGUUAUCGAGAAUAGAAGAAGAGGCAAGGAAUCGUGUGGAGACUAAGAAAAGGAAGUUCUUUUCGGACAUACUUAAUGCAACACGUGAACUCCAACAGCAUGUGCUUGCUGUUCAAAAGCGGCGAAAACAGAGAAAUGAUGGUAUCCAGGCAUGGCAUGCAAGACAAAGGCAACGAGCUACACGAGCUGAAAAAUUGAGGUUCCAGGCACUUAAAGCCGAUGAUCAAGAAGCAUACAUGAAAAUGGUUGAUGAGAGCAAGAAUGAACGGUUGAGAUUGCUUCUACAAAACACAAAUGAUCUCCUAGGCCGUUUGGGAGCAGCUGUUCAACGGCAAAAGGAUGCUGACCAUGAUGGUAUUGAACCGUUAGAAGGUUCGGGCUCUGAUUUACCAGAGUUGACAGCUUCAAAAACUGGAACUCCCGGGCAGUCAGCCCCUGUGGAGAAUGAAGAUGUUGUUGAUAAUGAGUCUCCUUGUGAUACAAAGACAAAUGAUUUACUUGAAGGACAACGAAAAUAUAAUUCGGCUGUGCAUUCAAUCCAGGAGAAGGUGACCGAGCAACCAGCCAUGCUACAGGGUGGAGAAUUAAGACCUUACCAGUUAGAAGGGCUUCAAUGGAUGUUGUCUCUGUUCAAUAACAAUCUAAAUGGAAUUUUAGCUGAUGAAAUGGGGCUGGGGAAGACAAUUCAAACUAUUUCUCUUAUUGCUCAUCUCAUGGAAAACAAGGGUGUGACUGGUCCGCACUUGAUUGUGGCCCCAAAAGCUGUACUGCCAAAUUGGAUCAAUGAAUUUCAAACAUGGGCACCAAGACCUUACCAGUUAGAAGGGCUUCAAUGGAUGUUGUCUCUGUUCAAUAACAAUCUAAAUGGAAUUUUAGCUGAUGAAAUGGGGCUGGGGAAGACAAUUCAAACUAUUUCUCUUAUUGCUCAUCUCAUGGAAAACAAGGGUGUGACUGGUCCGCACUUGAUUGUGGCCCCAAAAGCUGUACUGCCAAAUUGGAUCAAUGAAUUUCAAACAUGGGCACCAAGUAUUGUUGCUGUUCUUUAUGAUGGACGACUAGAUGAAAGGAAGGCAUUGAGAGAAGAGUACUCUGGAGAGGGGAAAUUUAAUGCUAUAAUAACCCAUUAUGAUCUUAUCAUGAGAGAUAAAUCAUUUUUGAAGAAAAUUCACUGGCACUACAUGAUUAUUGAUGAAGGGCAUAGGUUGAAAAAUCAUGAGUGUGCUCUUGCACGUACUGUUGCGGGCUAUCGAAUCCGGCGGAGACUUCUAUUGACUGGUACCCCAAUUCAAAAUAGCUUACAAGAACUAUGGUCACUUCUUAAUUUUCUCCUACCAAACAUAUUUAAUUCUGUGGAGAACUUCGAGGAUUGGUUUAAUGCACCCUUCUCGGAUAAAUGUGAUAUCACUCUAACAGAUGAAGAAGAGCUUUUGAUUAUUCGCCGCUUGCACCAUGUUAUUAGGCCAUUCAUAUUGCGAAGGAAGAAAGAUGAAGUGGAGAAGUUUCUUCCUGGGAAAACACAGGUUAUCCUGAAAUGCGACAUGUCAGCAUGGCAGAAAUUAUACUAUCGCCAAGUGACAGAUGAAGGGAGGGUCGGACUGGGUACUGGUAUGAAGAAAGAUGAAGUGGAGAAGUUUCUUCCUGGGAAAACACAGGUUAUCCUGAAAUGCGACAUGUCAGCAUGGCAGAAAUUAUACUAUCGCCAAGUGACAGAUGAAGGGAGGGUCGGACUGGGUACUGGAACUGGAAAAUCCAAAAGCUUGCAGAACUUGUCCAUGCAACUCAGGAAAUGUUGCAAUCACCCAUACCUUUUUGUGAAUCAGUAUAAUAUGUGGCAAAAGGAGGAGAUUGUAAGAGCAUCUGGGAAAAUUGAGCUUCUUGACCGGUUACUUCCCAAACUCCGUAAAGCUGGACAUAGGGUCCUCCUUUUCUCACAGAUGACCCGUCUCAUGGACAUUCUUGAAAUCUAUUUGCAGCUGAAUGAAUUCAAGUAUCUUAGACUUGAUGGUGGAACAAAGACAGAGGAAAGAGGUUCUUUGGUGAAGCAAUUCAAUGCCCCAGAUUCCCCGUACUUCAUGUUUCUCCUCAGUACUCGUGCUGGUGGACUCGGCCUGAAUUUACAGACAGCAGAUACUGUGAUAAUCUUUGACAGUGAUUGGAAUCCUCAAAUGGACCAACAGGCAGAAGAUCGAGCACAUCGAAUUGGGCAAAAGAAUGAAGUCAUGGUUUUUGUUUUAGUUAGUGUGGGAUCAAUCGAAGAGGUCAUCUUGGAGCGUGCAAAACAGAAGAUGGGUAUUGAUGCUAAAGUCAUCCAGGCAGGACUGUUCAAUACAACUUCCACUGCUCAAGACAGGAGAGAAAUGUUAGAAGAGAUCAUGCGUAGAGGCACAAGCACCCUGGGGACUGAUGUGCCAACGGAGAGAGAGAUCAACAAUCUUGCGGCACGGUCAAAGGAGGAAUUUUGGCUGUUUGAGAAGAUGGACGAAGAGAGAAGGCAAAAGGAGCGCUACCGAUCCCGUCUCAUGGAAGAUCACGAGGUUCCAGACUGGGCAUACGUCCGGGCCGAAUCCAACCAAGGAAAGGGAAAAGGGUUUCUAUACGACAGCGCGAAUCUAAAUGGGAAAAGAAAGAGAAAAGAGGUUGUGUAUGUCGACACACUGAGUGAUCUCCAAUGGAUGAAGGCUGUGGAGGAUGGAGAAGAAUUUCUGAAGCAGUCGGGAAAGAAGAGGCGUGCUGCUGCUGCAGAGGAUCCGUUGCCCAGCAAAACGCCACAUAAUCAAGAUCAGCAGGGGGUUGAUUCUUCUUCGUUGCCUCCCCCUCCUCCUCCAAAUAAAUGGAGCGACCAUCUCAGUAUUAGUUUUUCAAGAGGAGAGGAGAAAAUGAAGAAGGGACACGAUGAAACUGCUUUGCUGGUAAACGAGGAGGCACCAACAACAACCAGCGAAGGCGAAGAAGACACCAUUGGAACAACCCCACUAAAAGGAUAUAAUAAUAAUAAUAAUCAACCAGGAGCUGCUGCUGCUGCCCCACCAUCACAGAGGAAUGAGUAUACCGGCUUCACUGGUAAUUUGGAAGGACCGACAUGGAAGUCGCUCAAGAGGAGGCGAUCUAGCUUGCAAUAAUGAAAACCAUUCCCCCCCCCUCUUUCAACUUUGGCGUCCAAAGGUUGGUGGCUAUACUGAAGCAUAUUAGCAGUAGGCCAAAAUGAUAAGGCAGAUCUUGUUGAUUAAUGUCAUCACAAUCAAGUAACACAGCCUCUGGUAUUUGUAUCCUAGUUUAGUUUCUGUACGUAUGUUUGUGUGUACCAUUUUGCUCACAAAUAAACACUCCCUCAUCGCCCCUCUCCCUUUACUAACUAUUCUUUUUUUUUUCUAUUUCCAAAAUCUGUGUAAACUAUAGAAAACAUUUAGGUUU